AGGUGGACCUUCUGCAGGAGGAGGAGAUUGUGCAGCUGGAAGCGUUGCUGAAAAAGAUGAACCCCAAGGCGGAGCUCGUGCGCUCCAGCUUCGGCCAGAUUGAUUUGAAGCUAGCGCUGAACACGCACCGCUUUGACUUUAAUGAAGUCCAGGAUAUGCCCGGCUGGUUGCAAGAGCUCCGGGGUGUUUCCCAUGUGCCAGAAACCGAGGAGUACAACAUCUCCAGUUUGGUCUUUCGUUCGGACAAACCCUUCCAUCCCGAUCGGUUGGACCGGCUCAUGGCCGAGGGCUUCGAUGAUUUGUGGCGCUCCAAGGGCCUCCUGUGGGUCGCGGGCCGGGAUCAUGCGGCGCUGGUGUGGGGGCAGGCGGGGGGUGCGGUGAAGCUGGAAGCGGGCGCCUGGUUGCACGGCAACGUGGAUCCCAAACUGUGGCCCCCUCACCUGGAGAAGUACAAGAGCAAACCCUAUGGAGACAAGCGCACCGAGUUGGUCUUUAUCUCUCGGGAUCUGGACAAGGAUGCACUGCGCCAACGCCUGGAAGAUGCGCUCGUCACGGAGGAAGAGUAUCGGCUGGGGCCGAAGGGUUGGGAACAAUUCAUUGAUUGAAAUUCCUCCACUUCGCAGCUGAAAUUGGCUGGAAUCGGCGGGUCAAUUCCAAAGGCGGCUGGGAAUGUCCUGAUUUGCGAGGGAUUGUAACUUCUGCAUCAUUUGAGGCAGCUCGAACUUGUCAGUCUGGAUGGUGUUGGGCGAACGACCCAGAUGCGAUGUGCACAGCUUAUUGCAGCACGACUUGUCUCGGCCAAGUGAAGCCGAGCUUUGAGGGGUUGAUUUCGAUGAUUUUAGUUAGGAUGCAAACCAGCCAGGUCGAACCCCGCAGAGUCGACCCAGCCAGGUCGACUUUUUGGUAAUUUCAAGCUACUUUCAUCAGAAACGCACCCGGCUGGUUUGUAUUGUUUAUUUUUUUUGUGGAGGAAUUCUACCUGUUCUUGGUACCUAUUGAAACUUGUGGAAACUGAGAGGUUGGGUUUUUGUUGUUCUAUGUGUGUGGAGGGUAUGUCCUUCACAUUUGAUGACAGGUCAAGCAAACGCAACCUGGUUCUCUGGUUUUGGUCUGCCAGCAAAAGGGUGAUCAGCUGGGAACCAAUUUGUGCAGAUGAGCCCAGAUGUCCCUUUUCAUAAGCAAGACCAGGUUGUGAUAUUCAACAGAUUGCAUCGUGCUGCAAAAAUGGCCGCCAACUUUUAAGUCUUGCUAGCAAUUGAUUUUAGUUUUCUAUACAUUUGUCUUGCAAGUGUUAAUUGAUCCAUAAGAAA